AUGAAGUUCAUUCUUUUCGUCUCGGCUCUGAUCGCAGCUUGCACUGCAUCCAGUCUGGAAUUCGUGGCUGUUCCAUCUUCAUUGAAGCUUCCAGAGACUGAUGCUACAAUCAAGACCACUAAAAUCUCUACUCUCAAUGAGAAUAUUCUUGGACUCUCCGCUAGACAAGUUGAUGGAUUCCCAGUCUCAAUUGACUUGUUCUCUCGUCCUCGUGCCCUUGCUGUGGUCAGUGUCAUCGGAACCGACAACUUGAAUUUGGGAGGAUCAACCUACUCUACCAAAUCUGAUGGCGUCGAAACUGUUGGAUUCGAACAAGACAUGGCUCUUAUCUUCGGUGCUGAUCGUGAAUCCGUUCAAGUUUCUGCCGGAGGAAUCACUGGAUCCCGACUUGCUCUUUCAGCCAAACAAGAAGUUGUUGAUGCAUCAGUAAUCAAAACUCAAAGAGCUACACUCAGAAGUGAAUUGGAAGCUGUCUAUCAACUUGCUGCUGCUAUCAAGACUGCUGGUAUUCAAAUGGAUAACAAUGCUGAUGUUUUCCGUGUCACCAUCACCGGACUCGUUGGAAUCACCGAUGAAUCUCAAAAACAAGAAGCCGUCGCUGACGUCAAGGCCGCUAUUCAAGCUCUCACAGCCGCCAUCAACAACUCUUAUGGAGGACAAGCUGUCGUCGAGCUUUUGACUUUUGAUGCUGAAACUGGAUCAGCUGAGAUAACAUCAGAAAACCGCGAGAUUCCAUCUGAUUCUCACAACAUUCAGAAGAGAGAUGUCUCUAUUGGCGCUUUCAAGGAUGCUCUCAAUUCUGCUCGUAAAGGAUUCCAAGUGACCGUUCCAGUCUCUUCUGAUUAUCCAGCCAUUUUCGCCAUUUUCCUUGGAUUGGUUGUUAUCUUAGUUAUUGCGCUGAUCUACAUUGUCGUCGGAAUGGCAUCAAUUGAUCCAGAGAAAGAUUCGAUCAUCUACCGUAUGACAACAACCAGAAUGAAGAAAGACUAA